CAGUCUCCUCCAUCACUCCAAAUAUCUCUCCCACCUUCCACAUUGUUUUUGUGCAGGUCAAAUGUGUUGGGGGAACUCCCCAUAGACACCUGGGCCACCCACAUGUACAGAGCCAUUUACAGCCAAACGCUUCCUGAAGUUUGGAUACAGGAAUGUACUUCAGAACAUAUUGUUACACUAACUGGCUGUACAGCAGCAUGUACAUAUGUGAACAGCCAGGACAGAAUGGCAACAACCUGUAGGGCAGUAGGGCAGCACAGCCUGGGGACCACAGAAACCCACUGCACGUUCUGGUACUGUGGGCUCUGCUCAGACCCAACAGCUGCUGCUGAGCUUUCCUGUGCUUUCUUCUAGAAACUCUUUCUCUUCCAACCAUUUCUGUGAUUCCCUCCUCGAGGAGCACAUUCAGUGCAGGCAGCUCGGCGUGCAGCUGCAGUGUCAGGCACAGGUUGGGCUCUGGGUGGUGAGAGCCCCAGGCAAGAGGCCAGGAACUGGCACUGACCCUUUGCACAACAGAGGGCACAGGACCUGUGGCACAGCCAGGUGACUGGAUGCUGAGACACAGCAGGAGCUGAGGACUCAGCAGGAAGAGCUAGGACUUUGUCACUCACAGACUGGAUAAGCAUAAAAGUUCAGUGUUUUCUUUGUACUUCUGAGGCUCUGCUAAGGAAAACCCAGACUCAAGACGGUAAGAAAACCUGGUCAAAGUGUGUGUGCGGGGGGUGUAGAAAGUCAAGUGGGGCACCCGUCAGUUCAGUGGAGCUGCCUGCUGAGAAGGGGCUUUGGUCCCAGUAGUUACAAUCUCUGGUGGUGAGAGUGAUACUUCCAGAGUGCCUCCUGAAUGGUCAGUCAGGAAAGUUUCCUGUACACCCUUUCAGAGGGGAGGUUAUUCUGGGAUAUAUCAAGGCUUAAGUUACACAGCAAGGGCCUCCUUUAACCAGCUUCAAUUUCAUUCCAGGCACACUGCUGUACCUGCUAUCCCCACUGCAAAGGACUUCUCCCACCCCUACUGGUUGUGUGUCCAGUGUUUCACUGAGCUUUAUAGCCAACUGCAACAAAAGCAUUCGGUGAUGGCACUGGGGUCUGAACUUGCAACUGUGGAUCCCUUAAGUCAGGUGGACUCAGGCAUAAUCCAGAAAUCGGCUAAUCUCAGUCAGGACUCGGGAGCGAUGUCGCAACAACUCCUCUACCGAGCUCUGGUGUCUGCAAAAUGGCUUUCAGAAGCCAUCAAGUCCCAGCAAGCUGGCCUGGCCUUGAGAAUCGUGGAUGCAUCCUGGUAUUUACCAAAGAUGAAGCGUGAUCCAAAGCGGGAGUUUGAGGAGCGCCACAUCCCUGGUGCGGUUUUCUUCGACAUUGACCAGUGCAGUGACCGAACCUCGCCUUACGAUCACAUGCUGCCCAAGGCUAAUGACUUUGCCGAGUAUGUGGGGAAGCUGGGUGUGAGGAAUGAUUCCCACGUUGUGGUGUAUGAUGGCAGCGACCAAGGUCUCUUCUCAGCACCCCGGGUAUGGUGGAUGUUCCGGGUCUUUGGACACGAAGCUGUCUCCCUUCUGGAUGGUGGCCUGAAGAACUGGCAGCGAGAGGGGAAUGCACUUACCUCUGGGAAAACCCAGGUAGCUCCAUCUGAGUUCCAUGCCUCCUUGGACAAGUCCCUGGUGAAAACAUAUGAGGAUGUCUUAGAUAACUUGGAUUCCCAUCGCUUCCAGCUAGUGGAUGCCCGUGCUGCAGGACGGUUCCGGGGAGUAGAGCCAGAGCCCCGAGAUGUGGGAAUUGAGCCUGGUCACGUCCCUGGGUCGACGAGCAUCCCCUUCACUGAUUUCCUCACAGAGUCUGGCUUAGAGAAGACCCCUGAGCAGAUCCGUGCUCUAUUCCAGGAGAAGAAGGUGGACCUCUUAAAGCCAGUGGUAGCCACGUGUGGCUCUGGGGUCACGGCCUGCCACGUGGCUCUGGGGGCCUACCUCUGUGGCAAGCCAGACGUUGCAGUGUACGACGGGGCCUGGGUGGAAUGGUACAUGCGGGCACAGCCUGAAAAUAUUAUUUCUGAGGGAAAGGGGAAAACAGUGUAGUAAGCUGCAUUGUUUCCAAGCUGUGCACGUAGUUUGCCUUGAAACAGGAUUUGGGAAAGAUGGGUUUAGCAUUCCUGGUUAAGUAUCUUGAGAUGAAGGCAUUGGAUAACAAUUAUGCGCACAGGGUGCUUUGGCACUUUCUUCUUACCCUGCUGCUCCUUAGGAGGAUGAAGAUGACAGCAGUUCUGGGCAACCAGCUCUAGGUGACCUUGCUUGAGCAGAUAGGGUGGAACAAAUGUUCUCCCAAGGUCACUUCCAACCUCAGUCAUUCUAUCAUUCCGUGACCAUUUCACCGUACCAGAUGGAUGGCAGAGAGUCCUGCUGCCAGCAUGGGGAAUUACUUGAGUUAAGCCAAGCUCCUGACUAAAAACAUUCACUCAUGUUCAUUCAUGGGAUGGUCAUACUUGUGUAAUUGUGCCUCAUAAUCCUGCUCUCUGCCUCUGUGCCACCCAUGCACAUUAUGGCCAUUUUGAGUGCAAAACUUCGUGGAAGGAGAUGGCUGUUCAAGGAGCAAAUAUGGCAUUCAGGUUGCCACUUAGGCUAGAGACUUGAUUUGUAUUUCUUCUUAUACUUGGACUCUAACUAUGGUGUGUACUUAGCCAGCCUUGUAACCCGAUGGUCAAAAAUCCCCCUUGUGAAAAAGAAAAGAUUCUGGGAUUUAAGCAAUGUAAA